AUGUAUCAAGAAGAUGAUUUAUACACUAUUUACUCUUCUGUUAUUGUUGCCUCCAUUUUUUGUUCUGUGGGAUUCACUGCAAAUCUGUUUAUUGCAAUUUUUAAUUGUAAGAAUUGGAUGAAAAGUCACAGAGUUGUUUCAUCUGACAAGAUUCUGUUCAGCUUGGUUGUUGCCCGACUUCUUAUGCCUGCAUUGUUUAUCUUUUACUUGAUUUGCCUCUUCACCUCUUCAGCUCUUCUGAAGUUAGUCAAUGGAUCUUCUUUUUUCAUGGUGUUCUUGUUGUUUAUGGACACCUGUAGCCUGUGGUUUGUGACCUUGCUGAACACCUUGUACUGUGUGAAGAUUUCUAAUUUCCAUCACUCAGUGUUUAUCUUGAUGAAACAAAAUUUCUCCCCAAAGAUCCCCUGGCUGAUGCUGGCUGUUGUGCUGAUUUCUGCCUUUAGCACUCUCCCAUACAUUGUGUUGAUACCAGCUGCAACAUUUCCAGUACUUGUGCCUGAGAAAAAUGGCACAGAUUUUGGCUUCAAAGAGAAUUCUUUGUUGUUGCUGAUUCCUUAUGUCCUCAGUUUUUCUCUGCAGUUCAUCAUGAAUGUGAUGUCAGCUUCCUUGCUGAUAGAUUCCUUGAGGAGACACAUACAAAAAAUGCAGAGAAAUAUCACUGGAUUUUGGAAUCCCCAGACUGAAGCUCAUGUGGGUGCCAUGAAACUGAUGAUCUAUUUCCUCAUCCUCUACAUUCCCCACAUGGCUUUCACCCUGUUUCUUUAUUUACCUUAUUAUUUCAGCAUGAAUUUGGGAACCAGAUUCAUUUGCAUGGCAAUUUCUACCGUUUAUCAUCCAGGACAUUCUGUUCUUAUUAUUCUCACACAACCUAAACUGAAAACAAAAGCUAAGCAGAUUCUUUGUUUCUAUAAUAGAAUUUUUAGAGAUCAAUAG